UCACUUGACCCCAGGAGGGAUGGAGUUGCAGGUGGAGCUGAGAUUGCACUACUCCUCCGCCUUGGGGCGGUGGACCAGCAAGGGAUCUGCUCCUCAAAAAAAAAAAAAAAAAAAAAAACUACUUAUGCUUCUGACCUGUUUCCACAAUCUUCAGCCUUCAUCAAAGGUUCUCUCUGUCCCUAGGCAUCAACGCACAGAGAACAUUAAAGAAAGGUCUCCACAGUCCCUGGCAAAGCCUAAGUCCCAGGCACCCGCAAGAGCAAGGAGGACAACCAUCUAUGCAGAGCCGGUGCCAGAGAACAAUACCCUCAACAUACAAACCCAGCCCAAAGCCCACGCCACCGGAGACACAGGAAAGGAGGCCAACCAGACAGCACCGGAGGAGCAGGACAAGGCGCCCGACACAGCACAGACGGCAGCAUGGAAGAGCCCAGAAAAAGAGAAAACCACAGUGAACACACUGUCACCCAGAGGGCAAGAAGCAGGCACGGCCUCUGGCAGGACAGAGGCACAGUCAUGGAAGAGCCAGGACACAAAGACGACCCAAGGAAAUGGGGGCCAGACCAGGAAGCUGACGGCCACCAGGACAGUGUCGGUGAAGCACCAGGGCAAAGCGGCGACCACGGCCAAGACGCUCAUUCCCAAAAGUCGGCCGCUUAUGCUGGCCCCCACAGGAGCAGUGUCAACAAGGACAAGACAGAAAGGAGUGACCACGGCAGUCAUCCCACCCAAGGAGAAGAAAGCUCAGGUCACCCCACCCCCUUCCCCUUUCCAGAGCCCCACGACGCACAGAAACCAAAGCCUGAAGGCUGCCAACUUCAAGUCUGAGCCUCGGUGGGAUUUUGAGGAAAAAUACAGCUUCGAAAUAGGAGGCCUUCAGACGAUUUGGUCUUGUCCUGCCGCAAGCUCAUUAUGAGGCAGAGCUCAGCCCUACAAGACUCUGCCCCACCCAUCCUUCCAAUGAUGGCCACAAUGGGGGAGGAGGAGCAGCAGGCCCCGGACCCCUGGUGUGAACGGCAUAAGCGGGGUGAGUGAGAUGGGACCUGCCCUGGAGCUCCUGAGGCCUGGAGGUCACCCAUCUAGGGUAACAGAGUGUGAUCUACUCUGGGGCUUGGCCCCUGAAUCCCCAUCCUCUCGCAGGGGCUGCAGGGGAGGGACUCACAGACAAGGAUACCCCAAGCUCACGCCCAGCUCUGGCCUCCAGGAAUGCCUUGUCUUCCCUGCAAAGCCAAUUCCACAGCCUUCACUCUCUCCCAACCCUAAGGAAACAGUCUGACUUAACCACACCCGCCCACAUGGUCCUUCUCACCUGUCCUUGCACAGAGGGGCAGUAUCCAAAAUGUGUAUGUUGCUGGGUAUACGCCUGCAGUCCCAGCUACUCAGGAGGCUGAGGCAGGAGGGUCACUUGAGGUUAAAAUGAGCUAUGAUGGUACCACUGCACUCCAGCCUGGGCAACAGAGUGAGACCCUGCCGGGAAGAAGGAAGGAUCGACGGAAGGAAGGAU